CAACAACACUUAAUCCUAGGAAGUUUUUUUGUUCCAAAACAAAUCAAUGAAAAGCAAUUUACCUGUAAUACUGUCACCAUUUGUACCUCAAAUGGAUGAAACUCCGCAGGAGUGGCUAGAUUGUUUACUUCACAAACAUUUACCGGGAUUAGCGACGCAAACUAAUCUUAGAAAUCUACUGGGUGAUGUUUUAUCGCAAGUGGAAUUCUCGUCGGGUUUCACUGAAGAAAAAAUGGAAAAGCUUUUCACAAUAAAAACCUACUCUCCAAUGAACCGCAAAAGGAUACUUAACGAAAAUGCAGAGCCAACGGAAGUACAAGAAGAACAUAAACAUUUAAACACAAUUUACGAUGCCGUAAAGAUUUUAAAAAAUGUGUCUUUAAAUGACUUUCAGAAACUUUUAGUUAAUCUAGCAAUUUUAGAAAACGCUGAACGUGGACUCUGUAAAGUUUUCCUUAACAUAAAGACAUUGUUACAAAACAACAAAACAAACCCGUUAGCUUUAUCAGAGUUGAUGCUUUUACGUGAACUCGUUCGUGAGUCCACGACAUCCUCUCCAUCUUCAACGGCAUUCCGAAAUUCAUUGGAUCGGCUUUAUCAAGCAAUGACAGAAAACUCUGAUGUUCCAUCCAGCGGUAUAUGUGGAAAAGGUAACACGGUCCCAAAUACGGUUGAAAAAUUGGUACAGGCGCGUGGAUAUGAGGAACUUCGCCCUGAAACCGCACAGCAAUUAGGUUUGUCUCCCGACUAUUUAAAGCAAUAUAUAACAACCUCAAGUAAUACGUUUGUCGAUUGGAGUUUGUUUAAUAAAUACGCUGAGAAUAACGCAGCGGUUUUCACUCCCCAAUUGCCAAAAGUGAAAACUGUUACUAGUACCAAAGUGCCCCUAAUUUCUUCGGAUGGGAAAUUGAUUUCCGCUGAAAAGGUAAUGCAAAAAGCAAAAGAAUCAUACGAAGAUGAAAUACCCACAUCUUUUGAUUCCGCGUUUAACGCUAAAUCAUUUUUACAGUCUGUCUUUCAACAAAGUACACAAAACUGACAGAGCAAAAAAAAAGCAAAAAAUAUAUUUUAAUAAUCGGUUAGAAUGACUGCUUUGUGUAUUAAGAAGCAAAAAAUACAAUAUAAUAAUAAUAAUAAUAAUAAUAUUAUUAUUAUUAUUAUUAUUAAUUUUUGCUAUAAAACACAACAUUUCAUCGUAAAAGGAAAACUUUGGACGCUUAAUCAGUCUAUAUGAAUACCUCAAAAAAGUAUCGGUUUCUUUUUUUUUAAUUUACUUUAUGUUCAGUAAAACUGAAUACAACGCGUUACUAAAAACAUAUUGGAAACCAUCAAUAUUAAAUGUUUUUUUUUCCUUAUCUAGACCAUCCAACCUUACACAAAUUUGUAGGGUGUGAAAACAAUCAUUUAAAUCUACUACAGCUUGAAAUAAAAUUAAAAUCCGUGUGGAUUUAAAAAAAAAAUUGAAGGAAAAUUUAAUAAAAGUAUUUUGUUUUCAAUGAAUAUAACAUAUGAAACGUGUGUGAUGCGUAAAUAAGGAAUGGUAAAACCUUCAUUGCAAAGAAAAGAAAUUUGUGUCUUCAAGUCCA